UCAGUGAUUAUCCGAUUGACCCCGCCGAGAGUUACUACGCGGGUUCUUCGGGAAAAAAUCCCGCUGUCAGUAUUAGUAUUGGUUUCGUGCGCCAGGCCACGACUUUUAAUCGCGACGACGAUCCCCGCAGAGAAAGACAAAAGAGCGGUCGAUGCGCGAAAACCAGUUUCCGUUUCCGUCGUCGUUCACCCCACUCGUUGUGUAGUGCGGUGGAGUAGUUCCCCGUGAGAUUUGGGGUCAAGAACAGUGUGUGUCUGCUCUCCGUACCCUUUUCCGGGUUUUGAAUUUUCGGGGUUUCUUCGCGUGUCGCCGGAUAUUGGCUGUGAUUUCGUUCCCGUAAAAAUUGUGACCCCCCUAGAGGCACUGUGAAAUGUCCACGGCUGUGAAACUCCCACCAGCGAAAGUUAAUGGAUCAUCCGCAGCGAUCGCAACGGCAACAACUCCGACGGCGACGACCUCAAUGGCAGCAGUCGCCGGCGGCAAAAAGUCGGUCAAGGUCACCGAAUCUACAGGGACGACGUCAGCGUCCUCCGGCAAACCAGCGACGACGACGACCACUCGUAAGCAAACGACCUCCGGCGAGUCCUCUUCCCUGUCCUCGCCCGAUGAUAGUGUUAACAACAAUGAGAACGGUGCUGCUAGUGUGACAAUGAUGAAUAGUGAAAGUUUUUACGGCGGUUCAGGUUCGAAGGGACCGACGACGACGGCGACGUCGAUGGCAUCCUUCCAACAUCAGCAGCAGUAUCCAAUGUGUAGCAGCGAAAGCGGCGCCGGCGGCAGUAAUCCUUAUCUGGUGGGCGGCGGUGGAUUUCAGCCGCCGUUGCCCCCGAUCAGGAACUACGAGAACGUCAUGAUGUCAGCCGCCGGCAACAAUCCGCAGGUUGACGAAACCGGAAUGCAUUACACCAAUCUGUUUCAAGAUGGAACUCACUACUAUAACAGUGGGGAGCUGAUUGACUUGAGUGCAUCGCAGCAGCAUCAAUUGAGUCAGGCGCCGGCAGGUGUCAGCCAGUAUCAGCACCAACAACAGCAGCAUAACGAUAUGUACAAUGCCGAUAUCGAUUUCAUGAACAAUUACCUCAAGAGUCUUCCGAACUAUGCGGUCGUUGUUUCGUGUCCGAGUUCUUCUGGACCCGGCACUGCCACCUUGAUUGGGACUCCUCAAACUAGCACAGUAGCCCCAACUCCACAGCCGCCGCCGCCGCAACAUCUCAAGAAUGAGAACAACUACCGGCAUCAUUACGUGAAUGAUCCGUACUUCCAGUACUACGACAGUGCGACGGCCAUGCAGGGUUACUACCCGAUCGCCAAGUCUAGUUCCUACCAUGCGUACAGUUCGAUUCCGGUUAGUUCCGGAGGUGGCGGCGGCGGCGGUGGCAGCAGUCAUCCCAGCUACUAUCACCAUCAACAGCCGCCAGGAGCACCGCUGCACCAAUAUCAUCAUCCGGCGGCUACGGCCCAGACAUUUGUUCCACAACUGCCGCCGCAUCAUCACCAGCAUCACCAUCACCAUCAGCAGCAGCACCAUGGCGGAAAUCAGUCGCAGCACCAGCAGCAACAUACUCAUCAUCAUCACCAUCAUCAUGGACAUCAGCAGCAGCAGCAGCAGCACCACCUCCACCAAACGGCGGGCGAUAAACUUCCUCGCAGCCUGUCCCACUCGAUGAUUCCUCGACCAUCGGUUGAGAACAAAUAUGCCCACCAUAAUACCAUGAUGGGUCCGGCUCUAGGCUCCUCGAGCAGCACCAGCAAGUUGAAUCGAGCCACCCCAAGUGAUAAUACGACUAGUUCUAGUGGUAGCAAUAAUAGUAAUUUAAAUAAUAGCAACAACGCUAGCAUUAACAGUUUAAAUAAUAGUGGACUGGCCUACGUGCCGAAGCAGUCCAGCAUGAGCAAGUUCUGGCAGGAGACGACCUCCAACAAGCCGUCCACGGUAACCAAAUUCGGUUGGAACUAUGACCGGAUCAUGGCCAAGACCAAGAAGGAUGUCCAGAACAGCAUCAACGAGUACAAGAAGAAUGUAACUAGCAUGCAUAACCUGUAUACGGGCGCAGACAUCCCGGAAGCAAACAAUCAUUUCAAGCUGCGGAAAAACUACUCCUACUCUCAUCUAGAUAAGCAUAUACGUGAUCACCUCACCGAGGAGGAAUUCCAGAAACUAGUCAAUGAAGCCGAGUCGAAGCCUAAUUUUUAUAGUAACCACUCGUGUCACUACGUGAAUCCUCUCUGCAAAAGUUACUCCAGUGGUGCGAUGAGCUUUGGUCCGCAGAUCCUACCCCCACCUAGGCCAGCGCUCCCUGUCCCUGAUCCUCCACCGUCAUCGACCCUUGCCAAGAGCUCCUCCAAUGCGUCCAUUCUCCGGAAACCUUCCUUCAAUCUUCCGGACAUAGCAGCCUUCAUCCCCGCCCUCAAUUUAGCGAAAAGUUCCUCAAGUUCCUGCAUCUACACCAAAGCUCUCAAUCAACCGAAUAACAAAAAAUACAACCUCUUCACCCCCUACAAAAGUAUCAUCCCGGAAGCACCUUCAAUACCCAACCAUCCCCCGAACGACAUCAGCGCCACCAACAAAAUGAUCUCCAAGAACAACGCCCUCAUAAAAAAGAGCGCUUCGUUCGUCCCCUUUACCCCUGGUCAUCACCCAUCCUCGAUCCCCCGUAAAGGAACAGGCGAAAGUUUCUUCAUGAAGCAAAACAUCCCUCCUGCGAGCAAGGUAAUCGUCGACUACCCACCCUUUACAAAAAUCUCAUCCAUCCAAAUCCCCGUCAACGGUCAUCUACCGCCCGCCUUCCCCGCCAAUCUCCGAGACCAAAACAACAACUCCAACCCCCCCGACUGUAUCAUAAACAUCGAAGACAACAUCGAACAGAGCAUUGCCGACAUCUACAAUGUCGGCUCUAGCUAUAAUCCACCUCCGCCAAUACCCCCUAGUCCCCAAGUCUUCAAAAGCUACUCCCACUCCCGCCUGAACCCGGAUGCCAAAAACUUCACACCUAGUCGAUCCCUCGAAACCGCCCUAGCACGCUCCAACUCCAAUAACUGCAACGUAGCCAUCAGCCAAACCGGAAAACUGGAACCCAUCCCUUUGACCUCGGUCUUCAACUCCACCGUCGAAGUGACCCCAACCUACGUCCCUGCCAAGGGUAUCACCCUAUCCAAGUCGGCUACCCAAAUCGCCUCCUACGGCGAUACUGAUCCGGACGACGAGGACACCGUCGUCCCGACCGGCUCGGACCUGGACGACGACGAUGACGACGUCGAAGCCGAAGACGAGGACGACGAAGACGACGAAUACGAUCUCAACUACCUUGGCGAAGAGGAGGACAUCGACGACGACGAUGAAGACGAUCUACCAGUCGAUUCACCCACCGGUGAUGCCGUCGAUGAGGAAGACCUCGAGGAGGACGAAGGUAUCUUCGAUACGGCCCUGGAUCAGUACUUUAUGCCGUCCAGCUCCAAGUCGUUGUCGUCGAAGCGGCACGCCAAUACUCCGCAGCAACCUCGAUCGGAUAUCCCACGGAUCUUUACCACCAAUGCGGAUAUCUUUCUGGAAAGCGUCGUCGACGCAAGUGGAGCGGACCCGAGUGGGACCGGACUCGGGCCGGAGCAGUACCUGCUGGAUGAGGAAGUUGUUGCUGAUGCGGCCAAUCAGGUUGUCGCGAGUAGUUCAUCGAUGGCAGCAGCCGGCAGUUCGUCGGCUAAGGACACAUCGGAGAAACAACCAUCCGUCAGGGAUGAUGCUGAUGGGCAUUUGAUUUACCACACUGGCGACAUUCUUCAUAACAGAUACAAAAUCCUGGCCACCCUUGGCGAGGGAACUUUCGGCCGGGUGGUGAAGGUUAAGGAUCUGGAAAUGGACCACACGAUGGCACUCAAGGUGAUAAAGAAUGUGGAAAAGUACCGGGAGGCGGCCAAGCUCGAGAUCAACGCCCUGGAGAAAAUCGCAGAAAAGGAUCCGACUUUCCAGCAUUUAUGCGUCAAAAUGUUGGACUGGUUCGAUUACCACGGGCACAUGUGCAUCGCGUUCGAAAUGCUUGGUCUCAGUGUUUUCGACUUUUUGAGAGAAAACAACUACGAACCGUACCCGAUCGAGCACGUGCGGCACAUGUCCUACCAGCUGGUCUAUGCCGUGAAGUUCCUGCAUGACAACAAACUCACCCACACGGAUCUGAAACCGGAGAACAUCCUGUUCGUAGACUCGGAGUUCACGACCACGUUCAACUCGCGACAGAACCGGGAAGUGCGCCGGGUAAAGUGCACCGACAUUCGGUUGAUCGACUUUGGCAGUGCCACCUUCGAUCACGAGCACCACAGCACGAUCGUCUCGACGCGGCACUACCGGGCGCCGGAAGUGAUCCUGGAGCUCGGCUGGUCCCAGCCGUGCGACGUCUGGUCGAUAGGAUGUAUAAUGUUUGAAUUGUAUCAAGGCGUUACGCUAUUCCAAACACACGACAACAGAGAACAUCUCGCUAUGAUGGAGCGUAUAUUGGGUACAAUUCCGUAUCGGAUGGCCAGAAAAACUCGCACCAAAUACUUCCACCACGGCAAGCUCGAUUGGGACGAGAAAUCGUCGGCCGGGCGAUACGUGCGCGAUAACUGCAACCCGCUGCACCGGUAUGUGCUGGCGGAGACCCCGGAGCACCUGCAGCUGUUCGACAUCAUCCGCCGGAUGCUGGAGUACGAUCCGGCCAACAGAAUAACGCUAGAUGACGCCCUGCGGCAUCCGUUCUUCGCCAAGCUGCCCGCCUCGAAGCUCCUGCAUGAGAAAAUCAUCAAACCACUGAGCGAGGUGGUCAACAAAAGGCCACUCCCGGGAAAGUUGUCCCGAUCCCAAUCAUCGUUGGCAUUCGUUUUCUCGCCGCUUUUGUAUCAUUGAUGCGUCAAAAACAACAAUCAGAUGAGAACCUUCCACAAAUACGUAUACAACAAACAAACUGAACUGGGUAACUUGGAACCAGGAACCACAGAAAAUGAGCGCUGAGUGUAGACUAGCACCUAUUAUCAUUAUUAUUAUUAUUACCUUCAGCAUCCCUCUUCAAAACUUUAGUUCUUUAUUAGUUAUGUAUAGUUUUCAUUUCUUUCCCCUUUUCUUAAAAAUCUUAAAAAACAAAAAACAAACCAACAUAAAAGAUCUUCUUCAAAUCGAGUCACACACAACUUACAAGUUAUAAGAGCCAGACAGAGCAGAGAGUUUAGGGAUAGCGAAAAACAAUAUUUUCCUAUUGCUAUUCAAUUGUAACGAUGAGAAAGUGGGGAAAAGCCCCCAGAAGGUAGGGAACUUACUCAGUAAUAAAAUAUGAAAAUUGAUGAAAAAAACACAAUCGCAGCAGUCGAACAGAAAAACAUACGCACACAAACAACAAAAGGGAAACAAAAACAAAAGCAUUUUCACACAACUAAAAACCCCUCUUCGAAAAAAUUUUUUGUUGAUGUUCCCAAAAUUUUUAUUUUAGGAACAGUUUUGAGAUGGAGAUGGGUUGCCAACAUCCACACUCUUCCAUCAAUCGAAAUUGAAAGAGAUCCGAAACCGAUUGAAAUCGGCCUCUGAAGUGUUCAACUAACUAAUGUGUACAUUUUUAUAUCCCAGUUUUGUCGUUUGCUGAAGAAAGAAAACACGGGGUGAUGUGGUGGUUGAAUCUCGCUGGUCAGUUAUUUUUUAGCGUGCGUGCGGGGGGGAUGUGGUUUGUGAACUUGAGCUUGUGUGCGCGUGUUUUUCGUUUGUGGCGUCUUCGUUUUGUAAGUUUCCUUUUGCAUUAAUACAAUUCGUAGGGAUUGCUUAUCCGAACGCCGCGAGAUGUUUUAUCUAAUUUCUAUGCCCUCGUAGUUGGAUUAUGGAGAAAAAAACGAAAAGAAAACAACUGAAAAUAAAGAAAUGAAUUGACAAAAAAUAAAGUGAUUACAAACAAAGACAAAUCGAUUGUUAAUUGGAGGGUGUGUAUCACAGCAUUUUUGUUAAUUGUAAACUGUCUUGUCUGACAAAAGUCUGAAUUAUUUAAGCAUCAAAUCAGUGCGAACAAUUUUCUAAAAUUUGUAGUGCGUGGUAUUUUUUUUUUUUAAAGAAAAGGUGAAAAAACUCGAUUUAGUUACAGGAAGAAUCAUUGAAACCUCCUCAAGUGUUAAGUGUGACAGAAAUAUACUAUCAGUUCAGCGUAAUGUAUGUAUCAGUUUGACAUUACUGAAUUCCACGAGUUCAACAUAAUAAAAUUGAUAAUAAGAUCUCUAGGUAAGUUUUAAAAAUAACUUUUACUCAACUAAUUGUACUAGGUACCGACAACAUGAUGUCGUUUAAAAAGAAUAAAACGCAAUAAAAAUUUAUAUGCAAGGCUGA